AUGAAUAAUUUUAUAAUAUCAAUUAAUAAUAAUUCAUAUCAAGAACAUAAUGAAGAAUUUCAUAAAACAAUAUGUAAACAAUCAAAUUAUAAAUGUUUAUAUUAUCCUCAUCAAAGUUAUUUUGAUAUACCUUAUGAUAUAGCUAUUAAAAUAAAUAAAAUUGAAAUUAUGAGUAAAAAAUCAAAAAAAAAAUUUAUAUUUAAAUUGGAUAAAGUAGCAGCAAAAAAUAAACCUUUUGAUGGUAUCACUGUUUGUACACCACUUCUUUAUUAUUAUAAUAAUUGGCUUCAAAUGUUUAUGUUUCUUGAAAAAUGGAAAAGAGAAGGUAAUAGUAAAGUUAUAAUUUAUUAUAAAAGUUUAUCUAAUGAUGUUUAUGAACUAUUAAAAUAUUAUAAAAAAUUAGGUUUAGUUUAUAUGAUUCCAACACCAGAAAUUUCAUAUAAUGAUCCAUUAAUGAAAUUUACUGAAACAAGUUUUGGUAUGGGUCCUUUAUUUUUUAAUGAUUGUAUGUAUAGAAACAAUACAAAAUAUCUUACAGUUAUGGAUGUUGAUGAAUAUUUUCAUAUUUUUGAUAAAAAAUAUAAAAAAAAUGGUUUAGUUAAUUUUAUUGAGAUGAAUAGUCAAUUAUAUCCAAAUAUUGGUUUUUUUAAUUUUAAAAGUUUUUAUAUUUCAUAUAUAAAUGAUAAUGUAACAAAUUCUUUUGAUUUUGCAAUAAAUGGUUUAUUAACUGAUGAUAAACUUAAUAAAGGUGGAAAAUCUAUAAUGUUAACAAAUAAAAUAUACUAUCCAUGUUAUCAUAUGCCAUUAUUUAAAAAUUUAGAUGAAGGAUUUAGAUUUUCAGAAAAUCAAGCUAUUAUUCUUCAUGCUCGGCCAAAUUAUAUAUUUAAGAAAAAUGUACAUAGUAAUAAAAAAUGUCAUAUAUUGGAUAAAUGGGAAAAACUAGAUUUAAUUUCAAGUUAUGAAAAAUUAAAAAAUACAUUAAAUAGUACAAUUAUUUUUUCAUAUAAGCCAACAAUAAUUAAAAAUUUAGAAAGAUGUAUGAAGAAAAAGAAAAAAAAUGACAAGAAUUUAUGUAUAUUUAAUAUUGAACCAUGUAAAAAAAAAAUGAGCAUAUUAGGAAACUGGAUUUAUACAAAUAGAAAUGAAGAAAAUUAUCAAGAAUAUGUCAAAAUUAAAUAA